UUGCUUUCUUUCUUUUCUUUCCUCAGGAAGUGAGGAUCAAAGAGCAUAUCCAAGGCGGUUAACUUGUCAAUCCAUCAAUCAAUCAAUCAAUCAAAAGCCCACCACCAUUAGUGGACUCAGUCAAUCGAUCAAUCCAAUCCAAUCCAAUCAAAUCAAAUCAAAUCAAAUCAAAUCAGGAGAAACAAGGAUGUCAUCCUCUUCUACUACUACUACCUUUUCACUGGACCACCUCUCUCCUUCGGAGCAGCUCUGUUACGUCCAUUGCAACUUCUGCGACACUGUCCUCGCGGUAAGCGUUCCUUGCAGCAGCUUGUUCAAGACAGUUACGGUUCGAUGUGGUCACUGCACCAACCUCCUUUCCGUCAACAUGCGUGGUUUGCUUUUCCCUACACCAAAUCAGCUUCACCUUGGCCAUGCUUUCUUCUCUCCUUCUCAUAAUCUCCUGGAAGAAACCCCAAGCCCACAACCGAACCUGCUCAUUGAUCAACCUAAUCCUACUGACCUUACGGACUCCGUUCGUGGAGGCACCGAUGAGCUCCCUCGACCUCCAGUUGCUAAUAGACCUCCGGAGAAGCGACAGAGAGUCCCAUCUGCGUACAACCGAUUCAUCAAGGACGAGAUCCAACGCAUCAAGGCUGGAAAUCCAGAAAUAACACACAGGGAGGCCUUCAGCGCCGCUGCAAAGAACUGGGCCCACUUCCCACACAUCCACUUUGGUCUCCUGCCUGACCAGACUAUGAAGAAGACUAACGUGCGCCAGCAGGAAGGAGAGGACGUUCUCAUGAAAGAUGGGUUUUUCGCUUCCUCUAAUGUUGGCGUCUCCCCCUACUAAGAAGUAGCAACUCUCUCUCUCUCUCUCUCUCUCUCUCUCUCUCUCUCUCUCUCUCUCUCUCUCU